UUCAAAUAACGUUCCUUUAAUUUUUUUUAUUGACCAUUAAUACAAGUCCUUUAAUAGUAAAUGAAUUACCUUUGUUUUUAUUUUUCCUACGGGUUUAAUAAUUUGAUUUAUAAUUCGUGCAUCGCACGGGCACUAUGCUAGUUGAACAUUAAAUUUAUUUCCAACCAUUUACCGAUUAAUGUGAGUGAAAAAGGAUAAACCUCCCUCCACCUUACACUCCAUAAAUAGAGUCGAAGGUAUCUCCCUUUUUUGUACUCCUUUUUUUCCCGUAUAAACAUAAUUGCAAGAGAUUUUAGAAAAAAAAAAUAAAUAAAAAAAAAAAAAUGGUUAAACAACUCCACAUUGUGAUGUUUCCAUGGUUUGCCGUGGGUCAUAUGACUCCUUUUCUUCACCUUGCUAACAAACUUGCCGACAGAGGCCACAAAAUCACAUUCUUUUUACCCAACAAAGCCAAGAUUCAGUUACAACAUUUGGUGCUUUACCCAAAUCUUAUCACCCUUCACCCUAUCACGGUCCCUCACGUCCACCCUCUUCCUUUCGGGGCCGAAACCGCCUCCGACAUCCACCUUAAUCUUACCGGCCAUCUUGCCACCGCUCUUGACCUCACUCGUCCUGAGGUCGAGAGCGUGAUCAUAGGCCUUAGCCCCAAACCCCACCUCUUUUUUUACGAUAUCGCCCAUUGGGCAUCUGAGAUCGCCGCUAAGCUCGGGAUUAAGUCCGUUAAUUAUAAUGUGGUUUGCGCUGCAUCCCUCGCGAUCGCUUUGGUCCCGGCCCGUAACCUGGCCCGGGAUCGACCUCUUACUGAGGAGGACGUAGCCCGGCCUCCUCCGGGCUACCCCUCCUCUAAUGUUGUCUUGCACGGGCCUGAGGCCCAUAGCUUGCUCUUCUUAGGGGAGGAUUAUGGAAGCGGUUUCACCUUUUACGAACGAAUUACAACUGCAUUGAAAUCAUGUGACGCCAUUGCCAUUAGAACCUGCCGUGAGAUUGAAGGCAACUUUUGUGAUUACGUGUCGGCCCAAUACAACAAGCCCGUGAUCCUCACCGGCCCGGUACUUCCUGAAAAUGACAAUAGUAACAACCCACUUGAAGCCCAAUGGGCCGACUGGUUGUGCGGGUUCGGGCCGGGCUCGGUUGUGUUCUGUGCCUUUGGGAGUCAGUUCAUCCUUGAAAGGGAUCAGUUCCAGGAGCUACUCCUAGGGUUUGAAAUGACAAAACUACCCUUCUUAGUGGCCUUGAAGCCACCCAAGGGGUGCGGCACCAUCGAGGAGGCGCUCCCCGAGGGGUUCAAGGAAAGAGUAGGAGAUAGGGGUGUGGUGCAUGGUGGGUGGGUGCAACAGCCUCAAAUACUAGCACACCCUUCAGUAGGGUGCUUUGUGAACCAUUGUGGGUUCGGUUCCAUGUGGGAGAGUUUGAUGGCGGCGAGUCAGAUAGUGUUGGUGCCGCAAUUGGGUGACCAAAUAUUGAACACAAGGUUGAUGGCAGGGGAGCUGAAGGUGGCUGUGGAGGUGGAGAAGGCAGAGAAUGGGUGGGUGUCUAAGGAAAGUUUGUGUAAUGCUAUUAAGUUAGUGAUGGAUGAGAAGAGUGAAGUGGGGUGUGUAAUUAAAAAUAAUCAUGCUAAGUGGAGACAAAUUAUGGCUAGCCAAGGAUUUAUGAAGGGUUACAUUGAUAACUUUAUUAUGGAUUUGGAGAAGAUUAUGAAUUAAUUUGGUACCUAAGAUCUAAAUGUUUGGUCUAAGAUAGUAAGAUAAGAAAUCCCCCUCCAUUAUUAAAUAAGUGCAUCGAUCACUGGGUGAUGAGCACAAAUUAAAUUAAGAGGGUUUAUGUUUUUUUUUUUUUAUUUGAAAAUAAAGAGGGUUUAUGCUGUUAGGUAUCCCUUUGUUCUAAACCAAUAAGGUCAUGUUUGUAAUUGUAAGAUUCGUCUGACUUUAAAGUUUCUAAAUAUUUUUUUUUUCCUAAUUUCUAUAGUUGCUAAUUAAAAAAUAUUAUCAGUCAAAAUAAAGCACUUGUUAAAAAACAAGAUAGUAUAUCAGUUUGAUUAAUACACUUAUUACU